CUUUGAAUAAUUUAUCGCAUUAGCAGAGCCAUGCUCUCCACCCGCGGCCGCAAAUAUGCGGAUUUGAACCUGGCGGCGGGAUACAUGAAGAAACGGGGACCUCUUUAUAAUAAACUCGAGCACCCCGACGGUCUUGUAUCAUUGACAACUGCGGAGAAUUUCCUCAUGCAGGAGCGAGCGCUCAACUUCGUAAAGACAGAGUGUCUUCCAAAACUCGAGCUUAGUACGUUGACAUAUCACGAUGGACCUUUCGGUUCCAGGCGCUUGAGGCACGCCAUGGCCAACUUCAUUAACGCUCGGUUCGCACCGUUCGUGCCGGUGACCAAUGAUGAGAUAACCUUCGUCAGUGGCGUGACAGCACUAAACGAAAUUCUGUCAUUAUGCACGACUGAAGAAAAUGAGGGCUUCCUUCUCGGUAUGCCGAUCUACGGAUCUUUUGCUCCAGACCUGCAAACCAAGUCCAAUUGCAGAUUAGUGUAUACGUCGUUCGAAGAUCAAGAUCAAUUUAGUGUGCAGGCAGUUGACCACUAUGAGCGUGCUCUCCAAGAUGCUGAACGCGAAGGGAUCAAAGUGCGAGCGCUCGUUCUCACCAAUCCUCACAAUCCCCUUGGUCAAUGUUAUCCUCAAGAAACGCUUGAAGCCAUAUUGCGGUUCUGCGGUAAGUACAAUAUACACCUCAUCAGCGACGAGAUCUACGCUCUAUCGGUGUAUUGUACAGGACCAUCGCGUCCUGGGUUUACUUCUAUACUUUCGAUAGAUAUCAGAAAUAUCGUUGACAGCCAUUUGGUCCACGUUCUUUACGGACUAUCCAAGGAUUUCGCCGCCGCCGGUCUUAGAUUGGGAUGUCUGAUUUCGAAGAGUGCACAGCUGACACAAGCUGUGCGAUCUCUAGCCCGAUUUCAUUGCGCAUCGCCGCUAACAGAUGCCAUUGCCACAACGGUCCUUGAGGAUGAAGACUUUUGCACAGAGUUCCUUCAAGAAAGUCAGCGUGUCUUGGGCGACCAUCGAGCAAUUGCGGCGGAGGCACUUGACGAUGCUAACAUUCCAUAUGCUCGUAACUCAAACGCCGGAUUCUUUCUCUGGAUCGACUUAUCAGCAUGCCUGCAAGACCCGUCAUGGCAGGCGGAGGAGGACCUAAAGAUGAGACUCUACGAUCAUGGUGUGGAAAUGUCAACUGGGCAGGCAUAUCACGACAGAAUGCCUGGAAGCUUCCGUUUUAUCUUCUCAGUCGACAGAGAUACUCUGGUAGAAGGUCUUGCGAGAAUUGUCUCCUUCUUCAAGACGCAUAGCAACAAUGUUAAUGUUCUUGGAUUAUAGGGAUUUACUUCACACGUCUUUUCGCAUAAGUAGAC